GUUAAAGGAUUAAAACGAUGAAUAAUAUUCUUCAGUAGAAGAUGCGUAGAAGGAACAUAAAGACCCCACCUGAUAUUUUGUCACGUUUUUAGACCAAGAAAAUUCGAAAAGUGUGUUCUGUGGCAUGAGCUAUGCCUUUUUAUGGUGCCUUAUGUCGCUGAGAAAGACUUGGGGAGACCUGUGUCGGGAAAAGAUUCACCAUGAAAGAGGCUUAGCUUCGUCGAAUUCUAGGAAGACUCAGUUAUGAAAGAUAUCCUAGGUUGAAAAGUACCUAGAUCCGAAAGCCUAUGAAGUAAGUGCUACGGCACUAAAGGCUGAUUUCGUAAAGAGGUGAUUCAUGGCUGAAUAUCCAAGAGUCAUAUCGUUGGAUAGCCAUGAUGUUACAAUCGAAAUAUAAGUAUUGUGCACUCCACCCUCGCAGUACUAUCUAUGAGAAACUGCAUCUCUUUUAUUAUUUGAGGAAGACUCAAUAAAAUCAAAUCUCUGCAUAACAUGAGCUGUAUCAUGUGAGUCAAUUCCCAUCCCCCUUACCCGGAAAACCUAAGUAAGAAAUACAAAUUUUAGAGAGUGCCAUAUUCACAUAUAAUGUGGCUUCUGAUCAUUUUACAGCCUGUGUUCAACCCGAUUGUAACGCCAAUCAUCCCAAAAUGCCUACCCCUGCCUACUUUUCUAAAUGCCCACCUUUUCCCUCCAAUAUUCCAGUCGCAAACGUUCCUGCUUUCUCCUUCGCUAAGCUUGCGGCCAACGAUCAAUAUGAGUCUCACGCUCUUUUCGAAGCGAGUCGUCGCAUAGGCUUGUGAGCAGCCAUAACCCUUUCUUUCUACAACUUUGCCAAUCUCGUCUCCAUCUUGGAUAGUUUAGAGUGAUGCAAUGUUCGAUACGCGCAUAGCGUACAAAAUCUGUCAAUGAAUUUACCACAUGAUUCAAUAUCGUACUGCACUCUCAGCCGUCGCAAUGCUGGUCAUUUAUCCUUCACCACAUUUGUCCCCAUUCAAGCAAAAUCACAAAUUUCACUUGUGACCUCGGGAAUAUUCAUUCACAGAAAUUUACUGACUGUCAACACUUCAGCUUUUACCUUGACUUUACCGAGUGCCUUUUCGGCGAUGAAUUUCUCAAGGGCACGAAAGAAAUGCUUGAUUUAAAUGCAGAAUUACACGCACUGCCCAAGGAGAAGCUCACUAAAUACGCAUACAAUCCUCCUAUCUCACUAUUUCAGUACUGAACCUUUUCAUGAUUGUUCUCCUUAUAUCCUCGAAGUUUUACGCUGUACACAAAAGCUUUCAUUGACCACUAUCGUUGUUAAAUAUCUAGCUAUAAACCCUUAGGCUACCACAAAAUUGGCAAAACAGGAGACAGAGUUGAGCUAUACGGAAUCAGUCGUGAUGAUAUAACUGGAGUUUCCGAGCCCCUUCUCAACCCAUUCUGUAUCGAACGUUCUCGUCCGCAACUGAGAAAUUACAUCAAACAGGCCAAUGCAGUCGUGUGCGUCAUUCUUGGGCAUUUGGAAAAGCAUUUGAAAUUACCACUGGGAACAUUUUCAAAGCUGCAACCAAUGACAAAACCAAGUGGAAGUGUUUUGAGGAUGUUGAAAUAUGAGCCGCAAGUAAGUUAAAUGUUUACUUGUACCGCUUUUCUAUGGCCAGCGUUUGAUAGGCUGUCAGGGAUAGAAUCGUGAUUUACUUCUUCCCGUGAAGGAUAGCCGAAGCCAUGGCCUAUCUGCUUCAUUGCUAACUUUAAUCUAUGCUAAAUAUCUGUACCUCAAAGUGCGCUGAUAAUCAAAUAGCCGCCCGAUGAUCGUCGCACUGCCAUGAUGGGACACACAGACAUCACCGCACUUACCCUUCUUUUCAGUACAACAGGAGGUCUUCAGAUCCUUAAUGACGACGCAGGUAUGAGUAACAGUUCACAAUAUUUUCACUUCUCUUCAAUCUUGUAACCGAAUAGUAACUAAUUAAAACUCGAUUUAGACCCUCAUCUUGAGUCAUCUUGGACUCAUAUUAAACCGAGGCCGUCCGCUUGUAUAGUCAACUUGGGCGAUGCAAUGGUCGAGUGGACCGGUGGGAUUCUUCGCUCCGCUAUGCAUCGUGUUAUCUCUGCUCCGGGUGACCAGGCAAUCACGACUCGAUAUGUAGUUGGCUAUUUUGCCCGCCCCGCUGGUGAUUCUCUCAUGAAACGUCUCGCGCCGCCCGAAUACCCCUCUUCCCUCAUACCACCAGUCGAGGACGAAGAAGACUCUGGAAAUGAUAUGAAUGCUAGAGAUUGGGAGUGGCAUAAACUCUCGUCGGUAAAGGCAGGGAAUCUUGGAGGAAGCUUAGGCGGUAAACCGUUUGAGCCGGAGAGAGAUUUGAAAGAGUUGUUCCCAGUAUCUAUUGAUGCUGCUUGAGGAAUAUGGUGUUGAAUUUAACAUUCGAGUGUGGGCGUUGUUAUGGCAGAGGACCUUGAAAAUUUGCUUGGUUCUACUGUCUGAUUCCCCCUUAUUUCAACGGUCGACUGUCAAAGACCUAUAGCACUCAUUUUCUAUAUUUCACUCUAGCUACUUAAUGCAGCCAAACGAUCGAAACUAUCAUGGCUUUUGCUAUCUACCUGAAGUCUGAGCUUAGUUUUGGCAAAUCGCUACAUGAUGUUGCAUGUGAAUAUUUACCUUGGGAGUAUAAAAGUUGGUGUGUACCUACUUAACUUUGAUAUUUCGUAAAAAUAAAUUUAUCUCAUUUAUCACCGCCACGGAUAUCAUU